AUGACCCACAACUCUCGAUUCAACCAAAGGACCUCGCAAGGUUUUGACAAAAAGUUAAUCGGUGUCCCGGUAUUUCCUGGAUCGAAUCAAAUUUUCCACAGCAACAACAACAACAAUGUUGAGAACAGCCACGCCACAACAGAGCACCAUCAGCAGCUGCCGUCUUCGUUUCAUCAACAUUUGUUGGACAACAACCCUUAUUUCGUUAGCAACAACGUCAACUCGAUGUUCAGCAGCAACAACAACAACAACAUCACCACUCCAACAACAGCGACAUCUAACAACAGCAACAACAGCAUCGGCAACAACAACAACAGCAGUGGAAGUGGCUGGAAGUUGAGACAUGUGGAUUUCAUGCCUGGUGUUAUUAGGUCCAAGAAAGAUGAAGAUUAUGAGAAAUUCAGUGCCUUGAUGGAGAAAGCAAACAGCUGGUCAAUAGAGAACCCACACGCUCUGAUAUUUUCAUGUGAAACGGUCACCUGGUCGACCAUCGACAAGCCCGUCUAUUCAGACGCCGGGGUCAUGGUCAAGAGUAUGGGCUCUGAUAGGAAGACCAAAUUCGUCAGGGGACUGAGACUUUGGUACUUUGUGUUUGAGGAGGUGUUCUAUGACAAGACGUCCACUCAGUUAGGUCCGUUCAAGUUGGGCUACAUCAACUACCAGUUUGACGCAAAGGCCGACAGCUCAUUCACCACACUCCUCAAUAAAGUAAAUGCCGACAUCAACAAGAAAGCUAUCCCAGGCAAGUUGGUGCGCUUGGAAACGCUGGACAUGCUGAGUGACGUGAACGAUGCGGAAACCUCAGUGUGGUACGAGCAGCCCGAGAAAUCCAGGGACUUCACGUCGUUCGUCCGCAUCUUCCACACCAGCAGGCUGGCCGACAGGUUGUCAGAAAGUGACGAUGGGAUGAAGGCUUGUGAGAUUGGGGUGAAAGAUUUCAUUCCUCAGAUGGACAACCGCACUCCACACAGCCAGGGCUACGAAACUUAUUCCGAUCUGUGGAAGAAGGCAGCCAAAUAUUUGUAUGCCAAUCCACAUUCCAAGUUCAUCAACGUGCAGAGCAUCUUCGUUAAGGUCAAGAAAGCUUCGCAGCCUGAUGCCGACAUGCAAUCAAUGGUUCUGUGGGACAAAUGCACCCACUGCCAACACGGAAGUGCUUACGGGAGCAUCUCCAACCAAAGGACGGAGUAUCUUCAAAUUUUGAGACUAGUCUUCUACAAAACCAACAUCACUAAUCAGAAUUUGGUGGCCAGUGAAGCCGCCGUCGAGGUAGGCAAGAAAAUGUACUACAAGUUUUUUUCGCCGGGACCCAUGAAGAGGGCAUUCAUCUCCGGACUGGGAUCUGAUGAUCAGGAUAACCUAGGCACGGAAAAUCUCUAUGAGGAUUUGAAACAACUUGAGGAUAAGAUUAACGCUUGGAUCAAUUUUUCUGGUGCCAAAGUGGCAGGGGUGGAGACCAUUGUGAGUCGUCUGGGGACGGUAAAUAAAACGGGUAAACAAAAUUUUCGCAAACUUCUCUCAUCGAAUCCCUACUCAACCUGGGGUGACAUGGUGGCUGACCUCGAUACUUCCAAAUCUUAUUUUGCAUCUUCCGGGUUCAGCCGUUCCUCUAAAUGGAAUAAACCAGGAAGAAAUCUGAGCCCACUGGUGGUCGAGGGUGAGUUCAAGCAGAUCCCGGUCACGUGGAGAAACAGCAUUCAGGAGCAGAUCAUCAACAGCCAGACGACAUUCUCUGGUGGGGAUCUGUCUACUAUCGAAUUCGGUCACCGCAACAUCAGUGCCAGGCACUUUACCGUUACACCAGUACCAAGUGGCAAUAAUAAUUGA